CAAUUACCGGUGAUUCGACGCAAUAAACGCAUCCUGUUCUCAGAGGAAGUGGAAAUUUAGGAUGCCGUUACCGCUUCAGCAAGGGGCUUUGCAGCCAGCAGCUGAGCCUAUGCAAGUUGAUGCCCAACCAGAGGAAAAUGACAAUACAGAGGAAUCACAGAAUUUUAAUGUGGAAAAUCCAACUAUUGAUUUGGAACAAUAUGCUGGACAAUACAUUGGAUUGGCCAGAAUACACAGAUUAUUAUUUAUAGCCGAUCAUUGUCCUACUCUGAAGAUUGAAGCUCUUAGAAUGGCAUUAGCAUAUUCCAUGACCACAUUUAAUGCUAAUUUGUACCAGGUUAUCCAGAGAAAGACACAUGAAGCAGUUUCAGCGUCUUCAAGUUUACCAGAUGCUGUAGCUGGAGCCAUUCAUAAUGCUCCAACUUUAGACACUCAAUGGAUUGAAACUACUGCUAAAAAGGCUGCUCUGAAGUUAGAGAAACUAGAUACAGAUUUAAAGAAUUAUAAAAGUAACUCAAUCAAAGAAAGCAUAAGACGCGGACAUGAUGAUUUAGGAGACCAUUAUUUGGAUUGUGGUGAUCUUAGUAAUGCAUUAAAGUGUUAUUCAAGAGCUAGAGACUAUUGUACUAACCCAAAACAUGUAGUAAAUAUGUGUUUAAAUGUUAUAAAGGUUAGCGUAUAUCUACAAAAUUGGUCCCAUGUACAAAGUUAUGUAAAUAAAGCUGAAGCUACACCUGAAGCCAAUGAGCCUGGUAAAGAUAGUGGGCAGACAGUACAGAGUAAAUUAAAAUGUGCAGCAGGGUUGGCGGAAUUAGCAACAAAAAAAUUUAAAUCAGCAGCCAAGUAUUUUCUUCAGUCUAGUUUUGAUCACUGUGAUUUUCCAGAGCUUAUUUCACCUAGCAAUAUUACUAUGUAUGGUGCCCUUUGUGCUUUAGCAACAUUUGAUAGACAAGAAUUACAGAAAAAUGUUAUAGCUAGCAGUUCUUUCAAACAAUUUCUAGAAUUAGAACCUCAACUCAGAGAUAUUCUUCAUAGAUUCCAUGAAUCCAAAUAUGCUUCCUGUUUAAAAUCGUUGGAAGAAAUCAAAGAUAACUUAUUAUUAGAUAUGUACCUAGCACCACAUAUAAAUAUUUUAUAUGCACAGAUUAGAAAUAGAGCACUUUGUCAAUAUUUCAGUCCAUAUUUGUCGGCAGAUAUGCGAAAAAUGGCAUCUGCUUUUAAUACAACAUUACCUGCUCUAGAAGAUGAACUAAUGCAAUUAAUAUUAGAGGGACAAAUAAAAGCUCGUAUUGACUCCCAUAACAAGAUUUUAUAUGCUAAAGAUAUAGAUGAAAGAAGUACAACAUUUGAGAAAGCUGUAGCAAUGGGUAAAGAGUAUCAACGAAGAUCUAAGGCACUAAUAUUGAGAUCAGCUGUAAUAAAAAAUCAGAUACAUGUUAAGAGUCCACCACGUGAUGGAGGUCAGGGAGGUGAGAUGUCUAUAGCACCAGGUACAGCCAGCUCAGCUAGGAACUGAAAUAACUGUAGAAAGAAAAGGUUCAAGAUUCAUAUCUUAGGGGUUGUCUGUGAUAUAAUAUGGCAUCCAGAAGUGCUUACUGACUUGAUUCAAAGGACGUUGAAAUAUAAACGCCAAACUAUAGACAAGUAUUUUACAUGAAUUCUGGAUAGUGAAGUGAAACGAUGUCAUUGCCACCAUUCAGAGUCGUUUUGCAUCUGAUUGUUGCUUGUAAUCCGUGUGAUUUUAAACUCAAUUGUUAUUUAAAAUUUGUAGAUAAAAGAUAUAUAUAUUAUAUAUUUGUAAUGGAAAACUAGGAUAUAGUGACAACUAAGUUGUUUGAAAAGUUUCUUUAUUAAAUUGAAGUAACGUUGAUGGAUCAAAUGUAGAAAUUAUAAACACAUUUGAAGUACAAUAUUGAAUUUGAUAAUAGAUCUCAUGACUCUGUAAUUUGUUAAUAUUAUGUUUGAUCAAUAAUUUAAUAACAAAUAUCAUUCUCUCUUAUAACAAAUGUAUAAAAAAAAUUCUACAUAAUAAUCUGAGGAUUCCUGUGGCAGAAGUAAAUCAUGUAUUUCCUGCAUUAUAUAUAUAUGUAAAAUUAGAAACAAACAAAAAACUAAAUCACACAGAAUGGCAGUCUAAACAAUUACUGUAUUAUUCAAUCUACCUGUGGAACUUAUAAACAUUUUACAUUUAUAACAUUCAUAAACCCUGUUGUUCCGUGGUCACAAAUUUGUUGAAGAUCUAGAGGCUAAAGUUAUCCAGUUAACUUGAAAUUUCAAGGUAGUGUUUCUGUUCAUGAGAUAAUGAAGUUUUUAGAUUUUCUCCUAAUUGUGAAAAGUAGUUAUUAAAUAUUGUAAAAUCUUGUAGAAGCUCUAUAGGUUAAAGUUAGGCGUCGGGAAGAAGCAUGUAGAAUUAUAUUGAUGUCUGUUUUGGCCACUUACAGACUGCUGGGACGUACUGUGUUUUCUUGCCUCACAACUUAUCAUAAAGUGUCAGUAAUGAAAUAUCAGUAACACUAAAUUACAGGUUUUAUUUUUACCUCUUUAACAAAUAAAAUAAAACCCAAGAUUUAUUCAACUGACAACUAGAUAUGCAGGAUGACUUCAAGAAUAGUAUGAAUGUACUUUAUCCAACUAUCAAGUGUAAAGAUAUCAAAGUUUCAGAAUAGAUUCAGGAGCAGUAGAACAUCAGUACCAAGGGCAUACUCUUUUUGUUGUCCCCCACCUUUCGAAGAAAGCAGGGGAUUAUUAAAAUGGGUUUGUCUAUCCGUCACACUUUUUGGGACACAAUAACUCUUUCCAAUUGAGCUAGAAUGUUCAAACUUGGUGUAGGGGUUUAUUAGGUCAGUGCAUUGAUGGAGUUCGAAGAUGAGAACUUUCUGCUUAGGGUAAGCAGAGAUAAGCAAUUUGAUUGGUUGAUGCUUUGGACACGAUACUUUAGUUCUAAUUAAGUGAGAGUGAUGAAACUGGGCGUAUAGUUUCAUUACAUCAAUACCUUGACUAAGUUCAAUAAUGAGCCUUUUCUGCUCAGUGUAAGCAGAGCGAUAAGCAAUUUGAUUGGCCACGACUUUGUAAUUCAAUAUCUCUCCUAAUUGAGCUAGAAUGUUCAAACUUGGUGUAGGUGUUUAUUAAGUGAAUGCCUUGAUGGAGUUCGAAGAUGAGCAUUUUAGUUCUAAUUAAGUGAGAGUGAGGACACUUGGUGUAUAGUUUUAUCACUUCAAUAACUUGACUAAGUUCAUAAUAAGCAUUUUCUGCUUAGGGUAAGCAGAGUGAUAAGCAAUUUGUUUGGUCGAGACUUUGAAACAUGAUAAUUCUCCUUCUUAUUGAGGUAGAAUUUUCAAACUUGGUGUAGGCGUUUAUUAGGUGAAUAUCUUAAUGGAGUUCGAUGAUAAACAUUGUCUGCUUACGGUAAGCAGAGAUAAGCAAUCUGAUUGGUUUUAAUUAAAUGAGAGUGAUGAAACUCUGAGUAUAGAUUCAUUAUAUCAUUACCUUGACUAAGUUUGAUGAUGAGAAUUUUCUGCUUAGGCUAAGGAUUGAUAAGCAUUUUGAUUGGUCAAGACUUUGGAACAUAACAACUCUGCUUUUAAUUGAGGUAGAAUGUUUAAACUUGAUGUAGAUGUUCAUUAGGUGAAUGUCUUGACUGAGUUCAAUGAUUAACAUUUGAGCUAAAGCUAAGCAGAGCUAAGCAAUUUCAUUGGUCGAUGCUUUGGGACAAGAUAACUUUGAUUCUAUCUGAUGAAACUUGGUGUAUAGGUGAUAAUCUGUUUGAUUGCUUGAUACUUUUGAAAAAAAUAAAUGUGCGAUAAAUGUGUCAUCUAUUUAUUUUGAGAUUUAGGUGGGGGACAUCAGCCUCACUGUUGGCUUGUUGGUUAAAGAUGGACUGAAAUGACAAAUACACACUUCUCAUGAAUAAGAUCCAUCAAUUUUGAUUUCGUCCUGAAAAAGCUCAGAUUUGUGUUAUUCACCAAAACAAAACAAAAGUUGAGAUAAAUUUGAGAAUGUUUUUAUGGUGCAUAUUUUAAAUAAGAUCUAAUUUGUAUGCAAAGUCAAAUUAGUUUUGGUGUUAAAUUAAAAAAAAAAAAAACUUGUGUAUCAUUUACAUUGCCUCAUUUUAGAGUAAAUGUUGUAGUUUCACAUGUUAUAAUUUUUUAAAUGUCAAGCUUAGAUUAUAUCGUCACAACUUAAAAAGUCACAUCUUACAGAAGUUAUGUAAUUGUAUUUUAAAUGAGAUAUGACAUAAUGAAUUCUUUCUCUUGUUCACUUUUCAGUCCAAAGAAUUUUUACUUCAAAGCCAAUAUUUUUCAUUUCUAUGUUAAAUGUAUAUGUGAAACAUUGUAUAUAUUAACCCGAACAAAAUGAUUCUAGCUUUUCUAACUGUUUCAGCAGAAAAGUAUGGUUUGUAAUUCCUUGUUGAUAUAAAAUAAUUACAAUACUUUAA